UUAUUGUAACAUAUAUUAUUGUGUUAUAAUGUAUUUUUUUUAUAUUGUUUUGUUAGUGUAUUAUGAUGUUGUAUUUUAUUUAUAAUGUUACUGACAAAACCUGGACAUAUGUACUGUCAAAUAUAGGACGCUAAUAAAUGAAAUGAAAUGAAAAUGAAAUUGCGACCGUUCAUUUGACAAGUGUCGUGUUCAGUGCACCCAAACAUGAACAACGCCGAUUGUUGUGGCAGGCAGCAAUUCCGAGGAAGGACUUUAUAUUAAAAAGUAGUAAUUUCGUAGGCGAGAAACAUUUCAUUGAAGCUGCAUUGCUACAUAAGUAUUUUGUAAUUAUUUCUUGCUGAUUUGUGUACAUGUAAUAUGUUUAUAUAUCUAUACAUAUUUACCAUGUAGGGUUAUGAAAAUUAAAUUCUAGUGAGUUUAUUUGUCUAUAGUUUCUGUAAACGAGUUAUUUUAUCUAUUAGUUCAGUUUUUCCUUCGCAAUAUUUUGUUUGGCAUAUUUAUCAAACAACUUGAAAAAUGUACAUGAAAAUGUUGUCUCAUGAUUAUCAUAAAAAUGAACACUUUAAAAAUUGAUAAUCAGUACACUAGCUAAACUUUACUUUUUAUUCAAAAUAACAUAGUAGCUCAAAUAACCCUAUUAUUUGCAACCAAAGUACUAACAGUUAUUUAGUGAUAAGUCGACUGUUUCCACAGUUGCAUAAUACCUUCAGGGCUGUCAAAAUAGUGGCAAGUAAGCUAUAUGUAUAGGUUUAUUAUGUUUUUUUGUAGAAAAGUUACUAUGUAUAAAGAACUCAAUAGAGGGAUUGUCUAUCAUCUGCAAUCUCCUGGAUCAGGUCUGUGGUGCUUAGAUACGUAGAAAGAUGUUGGGAUGACCCUUUGUUCAUUAUUAAAUGAGAAUACUCACCAAUUUAAUAGUAAUGCACUGUUAUAGGUUUUUUUUGUUGUGGAUGUUUGUUAGAAUUAAUUGAUGUUUUCGCACAGAAAAUAUGUCAUGUGCAAAUAUACAUUUAAGGCUGUUUUAGUUGUAUAUUUGCAAAUUAUGAACUGAUGCACUAAAAUAUCAGUUCAAAAGAAGUUUUUUUUAUGAAAUUAAAAAUCUGUUAUCAAUGAUAAUAGAUAUUAAACAAUCCGAAUUUUUAAACCUUUAGGAAGUAGGUAGUGAUGUAGUUGAAUAAUAAAAUGUUUUAAAAAUUCAUAAACCUGAGUAGGGUUCAUGGGUAUUGAAGGGUUUAUUCUUCCUGUAAAUAGUUAAUCUGCUUUCUCUUUAUUUUAAACUGCACACAAACGAUUGAGCAUAAUAUUUUUAUAAUAAUUUUUAAAACAGACUGUGUUUUUGUACUUAAGUUCGGCAGGGAAAAUUGGUUUAGUUCAUUUCAAAUUAUUUUUCUAAAAUCACUUACAUGCUAUGGAACUCGUCAAUAUUGUUCUGAAGAUUGGUGAUGGUGUUCUCAACAAAUGAUCAAACAUUUUUUUACAUAAAUUUUAUUAAACAAACAAUAUUUUUGUACCAAUGUUCAGGGACAGCAGACUGGUGAUUGGUUGAUGCAAUUUUGGGUUGGAAAUAAUUUGCUAUCACUUAAGGAACUUUUCCUUUCAUUCUUAAAUACCAUUGUGCCAUCAGGAACAAAUAAGAAAGUGACUAAUUUCCCAGCAUUAAUAACAAUAAUAAUUGAAGGGGAAAAAUAAUGUUGGACACAUAAAAAUAGUUAUUUUGUUAUACCAGAUAGUUUUUUUUUAUAGACAGUUGGUACUGGGACUUAACAUCUAUUUCCACCUCCCCUUCCAUUAUCAAAGUUUUAUUACAGUUUCGUUUGUAUUUUGGCCUGAAGACUAUUAAGUUGUUAAGUAUUUUCUAUAGAUCAUAAAUUAUAUAUUAACAAAAGGAGGGAAAGUCCUGCAAGGCACUGCAGUUGUUUUGUGGGCAACACCUGAAAGUCAACAUUUGUGGAAAUGUGGCCCGCGCUUCUCGCCGCGGGACUGCUCGUGCUGACUGGGGUAGAACCAGAAGGUAUCCUGUACCCUCGCGAGUCCGAGACUCGAGAGGUGUUGCUGUUGGAUGGAGUGUGGAAGUUCCGCACAUCCCUGCCACCUGAUCGGCGGUGUCCUCCUUGUGAAGAGCAGUUCAGCAUGGACCCUGACGGAUGGAUUCCGAUGCCUGUGCCGUCGAGCUUCAACGAUGUGACCGCCAGUGCCGGCGUCAGAGACUUCGUGGGCUGGGUGUGGUACCAACGGCACUUCUUCGUGCCCAGUCAGUGGAAAACCAACAGCUUCAGGGUGUUCCUUCGGUUUAGUGAUGUUCACUACGCAAGUGUUGUGUGGGUGAACGACCGCCUGGCGACCAGCCACGAGGGGGGGCACCUCCCCUUCCAGGCCGAGGUGACGGGGCUGCUGCGCUACGGCGAGGAGAACACGGUCACCGUCGGCGCGAACAACACCCUCACCGGGCACACGAUACCUCAGGGCACCGCCGUCCACACCGACGACUCCAGCAGAUAUCCCCCAGGGUACAUGCUGCACUCAAUCUUGCCAGACUAUUUCAACUACGCUGGUAUUCAGCGCUCGGUUCACCUGUACACCGUGCCACAGACGUUUGUCAGUGACAUAACCAUCAGCACUUCGUUUGACAACACCACAGGAGUGGUGCAGUACUGGGUGGACUACACCGGCGGUGGGGACACCGCGCCACUGUGCACGGUCGCGGUCGAGGACGAAGGAGGGGCGGUGGUGGCCACGGGCAGCGGCCUGUCCGGCACGGUGCUGGUCCCGCGCGUGAAGCUGUGGUGGGCCCGCCACACGGACUCCCGCCCGGGACACCUCUACACUCUCAGGGUGGAGCUAGCUCGCAACGGGCAGGUGCUGGAUGUGUACAGGCAGCAGUUUGGAGUGCGCACACUUGAGUGGAGCAACACUGCCCUUCUGCUGAACGGGCGACCCGUCUACCUGACUGGCUUCGGCAAGCACGAAGAUUCUGACGUGCGAGGUAAAGGAUUCGACAACACCUUGCUGAUAAGGGACUUCAACCUCAUUGAUUGGCUGGGGGCCAACUCCUUCCGCACCUCCCAUUACCCGUACGCAGAGGAGACACUGGACAUGGCCGACCAGGCUGGGAUCAUGAUUAUUGAUGAGAGUCCUGCCUGCAGCCUCGACCUGUUCAGUGACGAGCUGCUGCAGAGGCACAAGUCCAUCAUGCAGGAGAUGAUACAAAGGGACAAGAACCAUCCCAGCGUCAUCAUGUGGUCGCUGGCAAAUGAACCCCGCUCUGACAAAAACCAGUCUGCGUCUUACUUCAGUUCGCUGUAUAAUUACACCCGUAAGCUGGACAGCUCGCGACCAAUAACAUUUGUCAACAGCCAGUCCGUGGAAAAUGACAAAGCCGUGCAGUUCAUGGACGUGGUGUGCUUGAACCGAUAUCGAGCGUGGUACUCCGACCCGGGCCACCUGGAGCUGAUUGGUCGGCAGGUGGAGUCUGAGCUCACCGCGUGGCACGUCACUCACGACAAGCCAGUGCUGAUGACGGAGUAUGGCGCUGGGGCCGUGGUCGGGAUGCAUACGCUGCCUGCACAAAUGUGGACCGAAGACUAUGAAGUGAUGACCCUUGUUGAACACUUCAAGAUAUUUGACAAACUACGUGCCAAAGGCUUCCUGCUGGGCGAGAUGAUAUGGAAUUUUGCUGACUUCUUGACCCCAGAAGAAACAUUCCGGCCACGUAGCUGUGUGAAGGGCCUGUUCACUCGAGAGAGGCAGCCAAAGAUGGCUGCCCACUGGGCACGCUCCCGCUAUUGGUCCUUAGCACAUGAGCUAGAUGGCUUCCAGCUUCCCUCUGACCUGCUGUUUCGGUCACUGUGACAGUAUUUGGAGAUUUUCCGAAAUGCUGGUUAUUUCAAACAUCAGUGUGGUCUAUUUGCACCUAUGAGUGCAUGUUCGUGGUAAAUAUUCUAGUGCAACAGUAUUCUGAUCGGCUAUUGAGGACAGCAACCAAAGAUUUUUUGUAAAAAAAAUAUAAUUAUUAAUAAAUAAAAAGGUUUGGGUGUAA